GAUACAGGAGUUCAGUCUCCCGUGUACUGGUCCUUAGACUUAGAGAAAUAGAGCUUACUAGCAUUCAUGCACACACUUCAUUUCAAGAGCCGUGCCUUUUCAACUCAGAUGUUUUUUAAUGAGUCGAUCUUUUGAGGAACAUUAUUUAGACUAGACUUUUAAUAACCGCGCAAUUUCUCAUGAGGCACGCAGAAUCAGGAUACUUGCAGGGCACGCUUAAAAUCUGUCGUGAGGACAGCUUGACGGGUGUGUUUUUCUCUCUUUUUUAGAGAGCACCCACGGGAGGGGGCAGGCAGGCGCAGCUCAGCACAGCACAGCAGAGGCGGAGAAACGGUCGACCAGGCAGUGCUGUAUGUGUGAGAGAGGGAGGGGGGGGGACAGUCUCUCUGUAUCCGUGUUUGUGCGCCCAGCUCUUCUCUGGAGCUAGCGCAUUAUUCAUGAGACGGAGUGACGUUUCGUAACAAGGGCGGUCCUAUGCUAAUGGUCGUAUCCCAAUACGAGCGAGAGGGGGCAGCAUCUUGCACAAGCACGCAGGGGAGAGUGUGGGUCACAGUGCUCACCACACGCGGAGUGUCACCUCAAACUCUCACAUAAAGCCAAGGAACCGUGUGUGUGGCUGUGUGUAUCUUGGAGGGGGCACAUAAAAGAGUCCUCUGUACUAAUUUGCUGAUUGAGAGCAAACCAGGGCACACAUUCAGAAGACAGAAAGAUCAGUGCACACUGCAGCCAGGGAUGAGCAUGGGAGAUGCUUGAGAUGUCACUGGAGAAAGAGACAGUUGUGGCAGGUGAUGGAGGUGGGGCCUCGCUCUCUCACCUCCACGCCCCCAAAGACAUGCACCCUCCUAAAAUGGUGCCAGGAGGGGAACCAGUUGCCCCUCUGCUGGCCAGCGUGGGGCCUGUCAGAGGGGGGCACUGUGGGUGUGUGUGUGGGUGGUAAGCCUCUGCAGCACAAAAAUGGCUUUCAGGGUCCCCAACCCGGAUCUCAGAAGCUGGCCAAGCGCCGCUACAGCAUGAAUGUGAGCGUGCGUCCCGCCGGCCCUGCCAAACGCCGCCGCCGUGCCUCAGAUAGCCAGCCCGUCCUCCCCUCCCAUUUCCUGCUGGGAGGGAACAUCUUUGACCCACUCAACCUCAACAGCCUGCUGGACGAGGAUGUCAGCCGGACACAGAAUGUCCACACGCCGGAGACCUCGCCGCUGCCCGCGAAGGGUCGCGAGCCGCUGGAGAUCCUUGUGCCCAAGGACAUCACAGACCCCCUUAACCUGAGUGGGAGGCGCAGUGGGGGAGGAGACGGGGUGCUGCUUUCGCCCCUCAAGAGGAGGAGGCACCGCAAUCGCCACCACGGGGCGGGACCCCCAGAGCAGGCAGAGUCUGAGAAGGUAAAGCCUACAGGUGGCGUGCCAGAAGUGGUGUUGAAGGCAGGCGCAGUGACAGAGGAGCCCAUAGGGGGCGCUGUAUUGCCUGGGAAGAACCAGGCACGGGUCUCCCCUCUGCCCUACGAGCUCAACACUUCCAUCAACUGCAGGGAUGAGGUGGUUCAACCCAUACUGCCACGGCGACAUUCGCAAUCAGGCCCUGGUUCGGGGUCGCAGGUACGCCCACCAGGAAGCACAGAUCCUGCCCUCUCUGGGCAGCCUUCUUCCCGCUCGAGAAAGCGCCGGCGCACUGUGAGUCGCUCAGAACGUCUGUCAAUCACCCCUACGCCAACCAUUGGCCCCAGUGCUGACAGGAGAACUAGCCAGACUUUCCAAACACCAAUUGUAGGCGGAGCCAAAGGAAGCCACCACACAAGUUCCUCUCAGCCUUCGCAGAAGCCACGGAAACCUCUACGGAAGUAUCAGUAUGGCAACUACAGCCGUUUCUAUGGCUACCACCGGCCUGGGCUUAUUGAGGACCCACGGCUGGCCGUGCUGAAGCCUGAGUGGUUCCGUAGGAAGAAAGUGCUGGAUCUGGGCUGCAACACUGGCCAUGUCACCUUGGCCAUUGCCAGGCACUGGGACCCAGCUCACAUUUUGGGCAUAGACAUUGACGGAGGGUUGGUGCGCAUCGCACGGCAGAAUCUUCGUCAUUAUCUGUCGGAGAUGCAGCCAACAGGGGCCCCGUACCACAGUGCCCAGCACAAAAUGGCAAACAGACCCAAACAGGAAGUACAACAGGACAGUGUAGCAAUGGAGGCUGGGAAGAAAGCUGACCAUUUGGACAAAGAUGAGAAAGCUGUGGGAGGGGUGUUUGCUGCGUUGAUGGACCUGCAGCUCACAGCAGCGCCCUCUGCCGUUCGGAGGCCAUUCCUGCUAUCAUUUCGCCUCUGCAGAGGACCCAUCACUGCACCCCUUCUUCCAGAAACCUCAUACAUGGGCUUCCCUCACAAUGUGUUUUUCAUGAAGGAGAACUACGUGCUGGAGAGCGAGGAGCAGCUGGCUGGCCAGCAGGAGGAGUACGACGUGAUCCUGUGCCUGGGUCUGACGCUGUGGGUGCAGCUGAACUGGGGCGACAGGGGCCUGCAGCGGCUCUUCCGCCGGGCCCACCGGCAGCUCAGGACGGGGGGGCUCUUCAUCCUGGAGCCGCAGCCCUGGAGCAGCUACUGCAGGAGGAAGAGAAUCUCGGAGACCACAUACAGAAACUACUGCAGUAUUCGUCUGAAGCCAGAUCAGUUCACCAGCUACCUGACGUCAGAGGUGGGCUUUAGCAGCUAUGAGCUGCUGGGGACCCCCAACAUCAGUGCCAGAGGAUUUCAGAGGCCUAUUUACCUAUUUCACAAAGGUCCCUCCUCCAGCAGGAAGUGACACAUCAGGAAGAGAACUUCACCAACCAGGAAAUUAUGCAUAUGAUGCAUAGGAUGCAGAAGUGAUGCACUGGACGAGGACCUCCAUCUGAAAAAAAGAUGCUUUUCUUGGAGCUUUGCAUUUCUACAGAGACGAAGGAAAGGGAAUAGACUUUGCCAAAGCCUUCAAUUUUCUUGCACUGCGACUUUGGCUUGACAAAGACGAUGACUCAAUACACAGCUCAAGACUCAUAUGGCUUACUUAUACACACACAUCUGCAUACAGACAUUUCUACAAAGAUAUUGUUCUAAUGCUGCCAAAGCAUUUGGCGGUCUUUUGGAGGGAGUGCAUUUUUAAUCUGCUUUUUAAGACUCAAUAUGGAGCCCAGAGGUAGAACAAUGUUCCUCCGCUCCACAGUUUGGAAUAUCCCACGGAAACUUGGAUAGGACCUCCUCCAGACACAGACAGAAUCUCACAUCUGGUACCAGGUGUGUGUUUGUGUGUUGCUGGUCAGGACAUGUGUGAUCCUUAUCACAAGAGACUUACAUACAUACACUUUUUGAAGUCGUUGUUUUUGCUUUCAGUGUUAAGAUUCAUUCUAAUGUAAUUGGGUGAUUAAAUAAUUUAUCAAAA